UGACGUUUAUAAAAAACACAAAAAGUGACAAACACAAAAGUAAAAAACACAUUAAAAAAAAAAUACAGUUUAAUAUUAUUUCAUUAUUACAACAUUGCAGAGAACACUAUUAAAUCAGUAACUUGAUUUCAAUUAAGAAAAAAAAGCAAAAGAAAAAAAAAAUGGAAAACUUAGAUGAGGAGAAUUUCGGUGGGUAUGAUGCGUAUUUUAUAAAUGAACUUUUAGACGAUCAUGAAUGUCCUGUGUGUCAAAUGGCUCUUCGUGAACCAAUUCAAACACAAUGUGGUCACCGACUUUGCUUGUCAUGCGCAGAAGAAAUGAGAAAAAGAAAUAAGGGAGUCUUAAUUUGUCCAUUAGACAAUAGUGUUUUAAAUCCUAGCAAAAUUUUUCCGGAUAAAGCUAUUGAAAGAGCUGUUAUGCAAUUAAAGGUUAAAUGUAGUAAUGUUAUUAAUGGUUGUGAAUGGACCGGAGAACUAAAAAUACUGAAUAAACAUUUGGGAUCUUGUGAAUAUCAAACACUAAAAUGUCUUAAUAAACCGUGUUCUUCCUCACUUUUGCGUAAGAAACUAAACGAACACAUGGAAAAACAUUGCAUUUAUCGUUUGGUUACCUGUCAUCAUUGCAAACAGAAGAUUAUUUUUAGUGAGAUGCAAAUUCAUGAAGAAAAUUGCGAAUGUUUACCUCUUUGUUGCGUAAAUCAAUGUGGCAUGAAAAUUAUGCGUAAUGAGAUGUCUUCUCAUAUUACUAAUAUUUGCGCUAAUGAAAUUCUACCAUGUCAAUAUUUGAACAUUGGAUGCAAAUUUAAGGGAAUGAGAAAAGAACAUGCAACGCACGCCAGUUCUUCAAUGCAAAACCAUCUUUCAAUGGCAAUAUCAAAAUUGGAGGCACUUGAAAACAAAAUGACGUUAACAGUGGAUACGCUUGAAAAUAAAAUUGCGUCAAAAUUGAAUGCACUUGAAAAUAAAAUUACGUCAAAAAUGGAGUCACUUGAAACCAAAAUUGCGUCGGAAUCAACUGCACUUGAAAAUAAGAUUACCUCAAAAAUGAAAUCAUAUGAAAACAAAAAUGCGUCAGAAGCGGUUGCACUUGAAAAUAAAAUUACUUCAACAGUGGAUGCACUUAAAAAUGAACUUAUUUCAAAAGUGGAUGAACAAAAAGAUAAAAUAAUGUUACAUGAGAAAAAUUUGGAAAUAAUAAAGGCUGUUCUUGCAGUUGAAAUGAUUGUUGUUUGCUACUCCAUAUAUCUCUAGUUUGUGGAGGAGGAUCUCGUGAUCAACUGUAUUAAAUGCUUAGGUUAAAUCGAUAAACAAGGCGAGAAGGUUUUCAUUAUUUUCGAAAUUUUAUUGACUAAUUCAAUUAUUGCAUGAUAUUUUGAAUGACUCUUGCGGAAACAAAUUGUUUGUUAUACAGAAUAUUAUUUGUUUCAAGAUAUUUGUAUAAUCUAUUGUAAAUAACACGUUCGAGAAGCUUUGAAAAGCAAAAAAGUAUUGAUAUAGGCCUAUAGUUGGUUGCUAAAGAGUCGUCGUCAUUUUUAUAAAUAGUCAUUAUUCUUGCUAUUUUUGAUUUAUCAAGAAAAACACCAGUUUUUAAAGAUUAAUUGAAUAUUGUUUAAAGAGGCGACUCAAUAAUAUCAAUUACUGAUUUCAAAGCAGUUGCAUUGAUUUCGUCAAUUCCUGGACUCUAGUUGGUUUUUAGUAAUAGCUGUUCGAAGUUCAUCCGAGGAUCUUUCAAACUCAUUCAUAAUUGAGUGUGUUUUUUUUUUUAAAAGCCUUAAACGUUUUGUUUCCCGGAAUUAUUUUUUCGGAUAAAUUUUUAGCAAAGUUUAUAAUAAAAUAAUUAAACAUAUCAGCAAUUUUGUCUCUGUCAAAAACAUCUGUGUUCAUUUUUGUUUGUAAACACUUUGGAAAAACAGUGUUUAUGUUUUUUUUCUUU